GCCUGGUCAGGCUGAGUGAGGUUGCAAGCUGUCCUAACCUCUCGCAAUCUGUUUCAUCACCCCUACUGACAUUUUCUGAGAAAUCGAAUGAAAUUCAUCACCACUGGAACCCUUCCGUGCCAUCCGGAAUAGCCACAAAUGCACGUUGAUGGCACUGGAGAGCCGCAUUCGCAAUGUCGUUUCCCGCGAUGCUCGGAGGAAGGCAUCGGGAUCACCUUGCUGUCGAGUUUGCCAGACUUCUCGGAAGCAGCAGCAGGUGAAAUUCCAGCUCCACACCCAAGCUGCAAUUGCGGGCUGCUCAUGGUGUGCAACAAUAGUUGACGGUCUAAGGUCGCUUGCGCGGAAGCAUUCUUCAGUCUUGUCUUUGCCAGACGGCUGGGAAGACCAGGCACUGGUUCAACUGUGUGUCUUUGAAAGGGGGAGCUGGCCAUUGAGCCAUGUCGCCUGCUCACCGUCUAAAGGGUGUGAAAACUGGAGGUUUGCGGCUCAAUUUUACGUGGACGAAGGUGCAGCACAACCAAACCUUGAGCUGAGGACGCGACGCCACUUGACUGCCAUCGAUUUGCCUUAUGCCCCCUUGGAAUUCGUGGCCGGCACGCUACAAAAUUGUGCUCGCCAUCAUCAGUCCUGCAAGGUCCGAAUCCAAACAACACUGCCAAAGCGCUUGAUUGAGGUCACGUCGGUUCCAGAGCAAGAUGAUACAGUCAGGCUAAUCGACGAAGCCGCAUCUGUCCUCCCAUCAGAGAGCCAGUACGCUGCUCUGUCCUACUGUUGGGGCCAGGCUACAGAUGUGAAAUCGGCAAUGUUGAGCAUGACUCAGACAACUCUGUCUGAGUUCACUGAGGGCUUUCCGCUAUCCAAAUUGCCAUCUGUCUUCCAUGACGCCGUGAUAGCUACCCGUCUGCUCAAAAUCAGAUACCUCUGGAUCGACGCUCUUUGCAUCGCACAAGGAGAUCCUGACGAAUGGAGGAGGGAGUCCAUGAAAAUGAGAGAUGUCUACUCUUCUGCGUACGUCACGAUCGUGGCCGCUUCUUCCCCUUCGUGCGACGAGUCGUUCCUCGCUAUGCCGGACAGAUCUUUCAUCGAGGGUAUCAAGCUAGGUCGCGACCCUGAGAGUAUGAACCGUGAUGUUUUUGUGCGUCUGAGAACCAGCCGCCCACUUAGCGGGUUCCAAAUAUCCAAUGACCUUAUGAGUUGCCCGGUCGACGAUAGAGGUUGGGUAUUACAAGAGAUCUUAUUGAGCAGGAGAAUCCUCGAGUUUGGACAUCAUUGUCUGGCGUAUUCGUGUCUGGAGUCCUCCACGUGUGAAUGUGGUGAAUGCAAUCGUUCCACCAUGAAGUUACGGGAAGUCUUCACCAGCCAGGUUAAGGAGACUCAGCCCGCCCCGGUGUGGCACGGGCUUGUCCAAAACUACACCGGACGUCAGCUCACUGUCGCAAGGGACAAGCUACCUGCAAUUGCCGGCCUAGCUGCUUACCUCAAAUCGAGUGGUGCCCCUGAUAAUGCCUACAUUGCAGGGUUGUGGAAAGACAACUUCGUGUCAGAUAUGGCCUGGUAUCGAUGCAGCGCCCCUUUCGUGAAGCGGCACGCGUCGCGCAUGCGGACUGAUGGUCCAUCUUGGUCGUGGGUAUCUGUAGACAGCAAGGUCGAAUUUUGGCGCCACGGUGAAAAUGAUAUGGCUCAUACCAAAUUGGUGGACUGCAAAUGCGACUAUGGUACAGGCGGAGAAUUCGGGCUCCCAGAGUCGGUAGUGGUUACUCUGGAAGGACCGACAUGCCCUUUUCGUCUCUUCUGGGAUUCUCCCCAUCAUACAGUCCAAGCCGUGGCGCAGGGGGGCUUUUCCAGAGGUCUCCUCUGGAAUCGUCGACAUCCUACGGUCAAUACCAUUGGGCAAGGUGACUUUUUUAGAAAUUUCCAUAAUUCGACUGAUCGCUGGUGCUUGGAUCACCCUCUGGAAGUUGCCUUGCUUCCUGAUGGCACUGGGAGAACAGUUCGCCCGAAUUCUGAGGCGGCGGCCUUUGAAACUCAUGAGCUCGAUGCCUUGGUCGACUUGUUGCUUCUGCUUGUGGAGGAGCGAGGCCAGUACAUGCGUGCUUUUUUCCUGAUUCUAGCCAAGUCAGACACACAUGAGCAACGCUACAUCAGAAUCGGCGCAUUCUGGCAGGUGCUUGAUUAUCGGCGGCAAGGAUUCAUGGAUAUGAGAAGCCGUUACCGUCAAAGACGCUGUGAUCAUUGGUUUACGUCUUUGGAGACCAAGCAAUUUGUUUUGGUGUGA